AUGGCGAGUGAGAUCGCCCCCGCGGAUCGGGGAGGCGAGGAGGAAAAUGCCCAGACCGGAAAGAGGAAGAAAACGCGAGAUUCCGAGUACAGAAAACUUCGACAAGAGGCAAGGAGACUCGCGAGGGAAGGCGGCGAGAAGGCUGUUGAGGGCGGCGCCUGCAAGUCCAAACAUGAGAGGGAGAAGACACACGGAACUGAGCGUGCAGCAGCUUCCGGAACAAAGGGAGACCACGUAGGAGAAGCGCGAACAGAAAAGAGAGACGAUGAGGCAAAUGGAGCAAGGGAGGGCGAGGAGAGGAAAAGAAAACGCGAGCGGGGCAGAGAGGCUGAGAAAGAAGGAGAAAAGAGAGAGGAGCCUGUCGAGGGUGACGACGGAGACGCAGGCACGCGGUUGGGAAGGAAACGUAAGAGGCGAAGAAGGAGGAAAAACUUGACUGAAGAUGAGGACACGCUCGCACACGAGGAGAACGGAGAUGAAGCGGAAGACGAAAAGGCCGAUCGAGAAAGACAAGAGGCGCUGCCAAACGAAGAAGGGAAACGGCACCGAAAACGACACAUGAAACGAAAAGGGACUCGCAACACAGAGGAGCAAUCACGAGACGAAGAAGGUCAAGACGGAGAAGAUGCAAACGGAGACAGCGAGGAGACAGACGCAGCACAGAAGGACUCCAAGGAAACCCCAGAUUCCCAGGAUCCCUCCUCGCCUUCAUCUGCCUCUUCUUCGUCCGCCUCGUCGUCCGCUUCUUCCUCUUCAUCGUCAUCGUCUUCAUCUCCAUCUUGUGCUGGUAAAGAGAGGACACCUCGUCCUGAGUUUACAAGUCGAUACUGCGUCGUGACACAGCACAGCGCAGGGGAAGAGGAGGACGAGAAGCAGGCUCAGAGUCUCCGCGCUCUCCAUCCCUGCGUAGUCGACGCUCUUCGGCGCAGGAACAUUCAGAGCCUGUUUCCAGUUCAGCGCACGGUGGUCCACUUCCUCACGAGGUGUAUCGACAGGCCGUACGACGCGCAAAACUGCGAUCUCUGCGUGUCGGCUCCCACCGGCGAGGGGAAAACGUUCUGCUACGUUUUGCCCAUCGUCAGUUUCCUUCUGGGAUCAGUCGUUCGGACAACGCGCUGCGUCGUGCUUGUCCCUACCCGCGAGCUAGCGAUGCAAGUCGCUGAGGAGUUUCGCCGAUUUCGCCACUUUCAUCCUUCGCCUUUCGUUUCUCGACCCGGGUCCUGCCGCACGUCAUCCAGCAGCGUUCGUCACGCAGACGCGGAAGAAAACGAACGAAGCGACGCGGCGGACGAGCACGCAGGGAAACGCGGACGGAAGAAACCCGAGAGCGAUACCGGUCUAGAUGGGGUGAACACGACGCCUUUGGACUCCACAGGCAUCUGUGAUUCAAAGACGACGCUCGGCAACCAAGUGGUCUUCUGCCGGGAUAUCUCUGUUGUCUGUCUCGUUGGCGAGCUGCCUGUACACCGGAACAAGCGCGGGAACGGAUCGGCUGGCGGGAGCAACAGCAGCGGGACGCGUUUCGCGUCGCCUCUCAACUCCGAUUUUCUCGCUUCGUUUCUCGGCUCUUCGCACGCACCUGAAGCCACCAGCGGCGUUUCCAUCGCCGGUUCGGCGUCGCCAGAUUCAGCCGCGCCGCCUGAUGUGGUUGUAUGUACACCUGGGAAGUUCUCGGAGAUGGUUUGGAAUGCCACUCGCAGAAAUGGCGGCGCAUUUUCCUUUGACGCGGUUCGUGGAGAAGAUGGCCUCUCUCUGCAGGACGAGGAUGCGCUACAAGCUGGGGACAUGCGCCUGUCCCUCGACGACGUUCAGUGGCUCGUAAUUGAUGAGGCAGACCGUCUCGUCAGGCAGCCUCACCACGACUGGAUGAAGGCGGUCGAAGCACUGCAGAGACUGCGCUUCGAGGCCUGUCGAACGCGCGGGCGUUCCUUUGCGUCGCGUUCGCCUGGCAAAGUGGCGAUCCCUUGCGUCUCCGCAUUCGCCUCCCCGUUCGUCGCGUCGGCCUCCUUGCCGCUGCAGAAACUCACCUUCUCUGCCACGAUGACGAAGAAUCCAAAGUCGCUGGCUCUGCUCAAUUUGACGCGCCCGUUCUUUGUCCUCUCCACCCCCAGCGGUCACUAUUCGAUGCCCCAGUCGCUGGCGCAGCGCUACGUCGUCUGCGACUCGGAAGAUAAGCCGCUCUGUCUCCUCCUCCUUUUGCUGCGCCUUGCGCGGCACCUGGCGAACGGCGGCAGCGAGCUGGGGAGAAAUCGAGCGGCGGUCCAGGCGGCUUCGAACGACUCAAACGCCUCAGGAGACGAGGCAAAGGGUCAAGAGGCCGGAGGGAGUGAAGACGAGGAGGAAGAGAAGGAAGAGAAAGCAGAGGAAGAGAACGCAGAGGAAGAGAAAGCAGAGGAAGAGAACGCAGAGGAAGAGAACGCAGAGGAAGAGAACGAAGAGGAAGAGAAAGCAGAGGAAGGAGAGGAGAAAGAAGAAUCCGACGACGGCGAAGAGGGCGGAGAGGAGGCAGAAGGCGGCGAAUCGAGGGAAGGCGAAGGGGAAUGUGGCGAGGAACCGGAAGAAGGAGGCGUUUCGGAGAAAAGAAAGAAGAUGAAAGUACUCGUUUUCUGCAGUAGUCGAGACGCCACGCAUCGCCUCGCGCGACUGCUUCAGCUGUAUUUCGAACACGCCGACAGCAGCCAAAUUCGCCCCACAAGCAUCUCUCGCUUCGCCGCCUUUUCCUCUUCGGAAGGACAGUCCGUGCCUGCACCGUCUCGGCCGGACGCCGCGAACGGCGCAUGGCGUCCAGGCGACGCAUGCAAAGAGGAAGAAGAGGAAGUCGAGAGGCCUCUCUGCCUUCGUGUUCGCGAACUGUCGAGCAACUUGAGUCAGCGCGACCGCAUGAAGCUCAUCAACGGAUUCAAAAAUGGGACUGUCGAGGUCCUGGUAUGCAGCGAUCUGGCCUCGCGAGGGCUCGACGUCGAAGGCGUCGAUGCGGUUUUCCACUACGACGCCCCACAACACGUCCAGGCGUACGUACACCGAUCUGGGCGAUCCGCGAGGUAA